AUGGCUUACAAUAACCCUUUCUUAUUCUUAUUCCUCUUUAUCUCCAUAUCGUCCCUUCCCUUGGCACAACCCGAACUCACCACAAACUACUACCAAAAAUCCUGUCCCAAAUUCUCCGAAAUCGUCCAAACCACCGUUUCCAAAAAGCAAAGCUCCACGCCGGCAACCGCCGCCGCCACGCUCCGCCUCUUCUUCCACGACUGCAUGGUCGGCGGCUGCGACGCCUCCAUCCUCGUCACCUCCAACUCCUUCAACACGGCGGAGCGCGACGCCGACGUCAACCUCUCCCUCGGCGGCGACGGCUUCAACGUUGUCAUGAGCGCCAAGAUCGCGCUCGAGCUCGAGUGUCCAGGCGUCGUUUCAUGCGCCGACAUACUCGCCACGGCGGCGCGUGACCUGGUCGUCGCCGCGGGCGGUCCCUCCUUCGAACUCCGAUUAGGCCGAAAAGACGGUUUAGAAUCGAAAGCCACGAGUUCAGAAAACCAAUUCCCGUUAGCGAACAUGGCAAUGUCUCAAGUGAUUUCAAUUUUCGCAUCGAAAGGGAUUUCAAUUCAAGAAAUGGUGGCUCUCGUUGGGGCACACACGAUAGGGUAUUCGCACUGCAAAGAGUUCAGUAACAGAAUCUUCAAUUUUAGCGAGAAUUCCGAAAUUGACCCUGCGUAUAACCCUGCUUAUGCUUCGGGGUUGAGGAAGCUGUGUGAGAAUUUUACCAAGGACCGGUCCAUGUCAGCGUUUAACGACGUGAUGACGCCGUUUAAGUUCGAUAACGUUUAUUACAAGAACUUGCAGAGAGGGAUGGGGUUGUUGGGCACGGACAGUGGCAUGUUUGCGGAUAAGAGGACGAAGCCCUUUGUGGAUAUGUAUGCGGCGAACCAAACACGGUUCUUUCUGGACUUCGCACGUGCCAUGGAAAAGGUUAGUGUUUUGCAGGUUAAAACGGGAAGCCAAGGAGAGGUACGCCACAGGUGCGAUUCCUUCAACUCGCUUAAUAAUUGA